AUUGUGACCCCAUGAACUGUAGGCUGUCAGGCUCCUCCGCCCAUGGGAUUCUCCAGGUAGGACCUUGCUCAUCCUUUAGUGUUUCAUGAUGAUAAACAGUUCUGCCUCUGCACGCAAUCACAGCGUAGGGCUUGCUCCCCACACCCACCAAGCAAAAUCUCCCAACACCAGCUGGGCGUCCUGCAACAAAUCAACUCAGUGCUGACGCUCUCCCACAGGUUGAGGACUCAGCCCUACAAAACUGACCCCCUCCCACCUGCCACCCGCACUUCAGACGCCAGUCACAAGCCCCCGGUUGUUACCUGUGCUUCUGACCAACUGGCUAUAAGUCAGAUGUUCCCAAGACCCCAUCCUCGGGUUGGAUUAACUUGCUAGAUCAGGUCACAGAAUGCAGAGAAACGUGCCUGCUGCUGGUUUCUUCUAGGAUGUCACUCAGGAACAGGAGAAGGGAGAGGAGCACAGGGCAGGAAGUGGGGAAGGAGCCCAGCGCUUCCGUGCCCUGCCUGGAGAGCCUUCCUCACCCGCUCUGUUCACUUUCAGACCGUAAGUGAGAUCAGGGCAGCUUGUGUGUGCAGACCAUCAGGCAAGCAAAGCCCUUCUGAAAAGCCCUUCAGGACGCCGGCGGUCUAGGGGUGAACCCACAGCAAGUGUGGCUGCAGUUUCAUCUAAUGGCUUCAAAGGGCCGGACUUAUUCCAAGACUUAAUGCGAACUCCCUUAUUCCUACCACGUAUUUGCAAAGGAUUGUGCCCAGUUCCGUCGAUUUGGAAUCUGAGUUACUUCGAAUUGAAGCCACGUGCUCUCGGGCCCAGGUAGAACGGUGGCGCGUGGGUCUACAAAUAGGGUCGUCCUGAGGGCAGCUGGAGCUCGCAGGGGCAGGGGAGACAGAGCCCAAAGGCAGGACAGGUGAUGAGACGCCGGUCUGGUGCUGAACCGUCCCCCUGAGGGGUGGGCAUCUUUCCCUCUCCGCCCUGGAGCGGCCCCUCACCGCCUUCCCGCCCGGCACACACGGGACCUGUGUCGCGCCUUCACCGGGCAGCGAGAAGCGGCGCCUUAACCUGGGGGCACAAAGGGGAUACCUCGAAGCCAGGCGGAGCCCAGCGUCCAGAGGUGAGGACCGAGGCUGCGGGGCGGGGCGGGCCUCAGGCUACAAGCCUACACUUCCUCCUCCUCCCUUUCUGCCCUGACCUGUGGCCUCACGUCGGACUGGGAGAGGGGAAUUCUUGCGUGUAAAGUCCAGCAGGUGGAGGGACACCUGGGUCCCUCGGCAGCGUCCACAGACAUGACCGGCGCUGGCGGGGGCCUCCAGGCCUGGGGGAGCCUGCUGCUGCUGGGCCUGUGCAGCUGGACAGGGGCCAGGGCGGCAGCCCCCAACCCCGUCAGGAACCUGACUGUGCAGGCUCAGAACAGCAGCUCCAUCACCCUGAGCUGGAAGGCGCCUGAAGGCCCUGAGCCUGAGUACUACUGGGUCCAGUGGACUGAUGACGGUAAUACAACUGGGUCUCAAAGCACAGCAAAUACCAGCUUCACAGCGGAAGGACUUGAAGCCGGGACGUUGUACGAGUUCUCUGUGAACGCAGUAAAAGAUGGACUCAACAGCUCCUGGGUGGCUCUCAAUGCCAGCACAGCUCCCAGCGAGGUUAUAGCCCUACAGAAGCAAAAUCAGACCAACAGCUUCAUCACCCUGAAGUGGGAGGCCCCUGCAGACCCACGGCCCCAGUCCUAUGUAUACUGGGUCCAUUGGGCCAGCAGAGGACAUCUCCAGAGGAAGCAAGGUCCCCAAGGACACCAGGACAACCAGACGGGCAGGACCAAUGGGACUCGCUAUACGGUGGAGGCACUGGUGCCCGGGACUUGGUACAGCUUCAACGUGUGGGCUGAGAGCAACGGUGUACACGGUUGCAAACAGAGCCUCAAUGCGUCCACGGUCCCAGAUCCUGCCAACAUCACCUCCUGUGUCAUCACCUCCGGGGGCCACGAGGUCAUCCUGGCCUGGUCCUGCCCCCAGGGAGGCUACGAGGCCUUUGAACUGAAGGUUGGGGGGCAGCUGGGCCCCCAGAACAACUCCUCCUGCGGGGAAGCCGUGAAGGUGCCGUUACUCAGGCCGGCUCAGUCCUACUCAGCCACCGUCACAACCCUCUGGGAUGAAAUGAGGGCCCCGUCUGCCUCGGUGGUCUGCCACGCGGAGAGCGGGCACGCGGGGGUCAUUGCCGGCGCCGUGCUCAGCGUCCUCCUGUUACUCGUCCUGGUGGGCCUGCUUCUCUUCUUCCUGAAGAGGAGGCAUAGACAGAGGGAGAAGAAACCCGCACCCAAGGAUCUGGAGAUCAGGUUCCCAGGGGACAUCCUGGCGGAAGACUUUGCCGAGCACGUCUGGAGAAACGAGAGGGACAGCAACUAUGGCUUUGCCGAGGAGUACCAGCAACUGGUCCUGGAGGACCACGGCCAGUCCCAGACGGUGGCCUCAGCCCCAGAGAACAGCGCCAAGAACCGCUACAGAAACGUGCUGCCCUACGACUGGUCCCGAGUGCCCCUGCGGGCCCUCCUCGGACAGCCGGGCUCUGAGUACAUCAACGCCAGCUUCAUCCCCGGUCUCUGGAGUUCCCGGGAGUUCAUUGCGGCCCAGGGCCCCCUGCCGCAGACCGUGGGCGACUUCUGGCGCCUGGUCUGGGAGCAGCAGAGCCACACCCUGGUCAUGCUGACCAACUGCGUGGAGUCCGGCCGGGUGAAGUGUGAGCAUUACUGGCCUCUGGACGCCCAGCCCUGCACCCACGGGCACCUGCAGGUGACGCUGGUGGGGGAGGAGGUGGCGGAGGACUGGGCGGUCCGGAACCUGACGCUCCGCCAUGUACAACAGCAGAAGACUUUGCCCGUGCGUCAGUUCCACUACGUGACCUGGCCAGACCACGGCGUGCCCCACUCCCCAGACCCCUUGCUGGCCUUCUGGAGGAUGCUCCGGCAGUGGCUGGACCAGACGGUGGGGGGCGGGCCUCCGAUCGUGCACUGCAGCCUCCAGAAUAGCCCCGCUAAAUACCCGACCUCUGGGUACUCCAAAGACGGAGCUCUCCAGUCAGCGGGGGGCUUCCGGCGCCCCCGUGGCCUGACGCCUCCUUGUCCCUGCCUAGCGCUGGCGUGGGCCGCACGGGCACCCUCAUUGCCCUGGAUGUGCUGCUGCGGCAGCUGGAGUGCGAGGGUCUCGUGGGGCCCUUUGCCUACGUGAAGAAGAUGCGGGAGAGCCGCCCGCUGAUGGUGCAGACUGAGGCCCAGUACGUCUUCCUGCACCAGUGCAUCCUUCGGUAUCUGCAACAGUCAGCCACAGUGCGGGCUCAGGAGGGGGCCACCUACGAGAACCUGCUGAUGGAGAAUGUAGCUGCUACAGAGGCCUAAGCUGUGGGAGGGCUGAGACCCCUGCCCUUCUAGACACAGACUCUGCACCCCUGCUUCAGCCCAGAUGCCUGGGCCCUGGGACAGCUGAGGGCUGGGGUCCCAGACCCCCGGGCCCUGAAGGAAGAGAGGGGACCGGCAGCCUAGAUUCCUACUUCCUGGAGAGGGGGCAAGCCCAGAUCCUGGAUUUCCAGUUCCUUGAAGAAGGAGAGGGAUGGGGGUCCAGGAGUCUCUUGGUUUUUGUUUGAGGCAGGAGAAGGCAGGGUCUCAAGGAAACAAGCUGAAUUCUGAGGAAGAAAGGAAGUAACGAGGCUCCAGAAUUCUGGUCACCUGAGGAACAAGGGUGAGCAGAGACCUGCCCACCUUUUACUCCAGAAACCAAAUCAGUCUUCAAGAAUCUGAGGUUUCCCCUUCCCCUGCCGCCUGUACAUAUUUUUUUUCUUUUAUCCCAUAACUUAUUAAAUCACUAUUUUCCCCAGAGA